GCUUCAAAUGACAGUUGAGGAAUUUAAAACCAACACCAUUAAUAAUGAGAAGAAGAAGAAGAAUGUGUUGGUCGGAAUUCGGAUAAAUAGUGAAAGCAGAGAAGUGCUCAGUUGGGCUCUUGUCAAAGUUGCAGAACCUGGAGAUUCUGUAAUUGCAAUCUACGUUCGCCCAAGUUCUGAUCAUGCUUUGAGAGAGAAGCCCACGUUAGAUGAUUAUCUAGACGUGUACCAAGGCCUAUGUAGCGUAAAAAAGGUGGAACUCAUUGGGCAGAUCAUGACAGGAAGUUCUGUCAGAAGAGUUCUAGUGAGAGAGGCAAAGAAUUAUGAUGCUGUGGCUCUGGUUUUGGGCAUUAGUAAACAAACCACUCUUGGGAGUAGAAUUUCAACAGCAAAAUAUUGUGCCAAGAGACUCUCUUCAACCACUGAUGUUGUGGCUAUCCACAAUGGGAAAAUCGUUUUCAGAAGGUACAGCACCAGCAGCCAACUACCAGGUCUCAAAGAGGAUGCCAAACCAAGCCUUGCACAAUCUGAAUUGGGCGACUCUGAUGUUGAGACGGAGACCGUAGUCUCCUUUUCCAAAACGACUCGAAACUCGCGGGACAGUCCAACACAUGGUGGUGAAGACUCAAGGAGUGACAGUUUCAUUUCAAGAUCAGAUUCUCUUCUCACAACAGAUUAUUGCUCUAUGGACAAUAAACCUGGUUGGCCUCUACUUAGAAGAGCAAAUUUAGUGGCCCCACAAACGCCAAAGGCAAGGAAUGAGUCUGUGGUUCAAUGGGUAAUGAACUUACCAGAUCGUUCUCCGCUUCAACCUCUUCAGCGUUCAACUAUUCUAGAGAAUUCCAAUAUGGAAACAGAGAUUAGUGACAGCUCAAAGAUCAGAUUAUCAGCUUUUGGUGAGGCACCAGAAGGAUUGAAAAAGCUCUUGCAAACAAGCUCAUUCGGCUGCAAUUAUUGGUUCAGUCUUGAUGUUCUCAAGACUUCAACUAGUCAAUUCUCUUCAGAAAAUGUGAUUGGAAAAGGAGGGUCUAAUUGUGUGUACAAGGGUACUCUUCCAAAUAGGAAACUAGUGGCGGUAAAGAUUCUCAAUUCAUCCAAAGAAGGGUGGAAAGAAUUCGCCCUUGAAUUUGACAUAAUCUCUUCCUUAAAGCACAAGCAUAUUGCUCCUUUGGUCGGUGUCUGUGUCGAAGAUAAUGCUCUAAUUUCGGUGUAUGACUUCUUCCCUAAGGGAAGCCUAGAGGAAAACCUACAUGGCAACAACAAGGACAAGGGUGUAUUGUCAUGGGAAAUGAGAUAUAGCAUUGCUGUUGGGAUAGCUGAGGCCCUCUACUAUCUGCACAAAGAAUGCCCUCAACCUGUGAUUCACAGAGACAUAAAGACUUCAAACAUCCUUCUCUCAGAUGGGUUUGAACCAAAGUUGUCUGAUUUUGGUCUUGCUAUAUGGGGCCCAAAAACUUCAUCUUUUCUAAUUGAAGGCGACGUGGUUGGAACGUUUGGUUAUCUAGCACCUGAAUAUUUCAUGUAUGGGAAAGUCAGUGACAAGAUUGAUGUUUUUGCUUUUGGUGUUGUUCUUCUUGAACUGCUAUCAGGAAGAAGGCCUAUUGGCUCUGAUUGUAAUAGUUCCAAGGGACAAGAGAGCUUGGUCAUGCGGGCAAAGCGAGUUAUAGAGAUCGGGGAUAUAAAGAGCAUGUUGGAUCCAAAUUUGGAUGGGAAAGUUGACGAGCUUCAAAUGCAGAGAAUGGCUCUUGCAGCUACUCUAUGCAUCACUCAGUCAGCUCGGCUUCGUCCUGGUAUUAGCGAGAUACUAAAGCUAUUAAAAGGGGACAAAGAUGUAGAAAAGUGGACAAACUCCAAAAGUGAAUAUCAACAGGAUUCAGAGAACCAGGAUGAUAAAGAUGAUGAAGUUUAUCCAACAACAAGUGCAGAGUUGCAUCUGGGUGUUGCUUUGCUUGAUGUUGUUGAUGAUGACACGACGUCGUUUAGUAGUAGGAGCCACAGCAUUUCAUUGGAGGAGUAUUUCAAAGGAAGGUGGAGUAGAUCACCAAGUUUUGAUUAGAUUUUUCUUUUCUUUUGUUACACGAUUAUUUUUCUGAUUGCAAAGCGACUUUUGGAUAAUGUAAUUUAUGUUAGUACAGUAGCGAAAA